AUGUCAAGAACAUUUUUAGAAAAGAAGAAGGACCUCAGUGCGUUUACAAUUCCGUGCUCCAUCAAAAUGUUUAAAUUUGCAAGGGCAGUGUGCGAUCUUAAAGCAAGUAUAAACCUAAUGCCUUAUUCCAUAUUUCAUAAGCUUGGAUUUGGAAAGCCGAAGCCUACCAAAAUUAAAUUGCUCAUGUCCAAUCGGUCCAUCAAAAAGCCAAUAGGAGUACUUCAUGAUAUGCUAGUAAAAGUUGAUCGGUUCAUCUUCCCGGCUGAUUUUGUGAUCUUGGAUUGUGCAAUGGAUGUUAAAGUUUCUAUUAUCCUUGGGAGACCAUUCUUGGAUACCCAGAAAGUUUUGGUGGAUGUGGAGUCCGGCAAGAUGAAGUUUUGGUUGAAUAAUGAUGAGGUAUCCUUCAAUGUUUGUAAGUCCAUGAAACAACCGAUGAACUUGAAAGUAAUCUUGGUGAUUGAUAUUAUUGAUAGAGAAGUGGCAAAUCAUGUUGAUGUGAGCUUGUUGGAUGAUUCUUUGGUAGGAGUGUUAUGA